UAGGGCUGAAGUCCCUUAGCCAGGCUGUGCAAUAAUCCUUCCGUCACCUGCGGACUGUUCUUGUUUUGCUCUUCGAUUGUUUGUGUAUAAUAUACGGCUCUUCCCCGUACAUAGCCCGUCUCGAUACUGUCCGGUACAGCACCUGCUCCUGUCGUUCCCAGAAGCCACCCAAAUCUAGUCCACCCCUGGCUGUGUCUGGCUGGCUAGAUAAAGCUGCUUAUUUCCUUCACCUGUACACCUACAUCCACUCCUACUUAAGAAAGCUGGCAGGCCAGCUCCUGAACCCUUCCCACCUCACUCUCAUCCUGAUUACCCUCUCCACAACAUCACAUCUACACUCCCUCUUCCUCUCAAGAUGGCCCCAACAAAGCCAAUCCUCCACCCAUUAACCACGCCGAAGAACAUGACGUUCCCCUCUGAGCUCCGAGAGCGUACCUUUAACUGCCUCGACGUGGACCGACCCGUGAGUGAGAAGAAAGAAGAAGAUGAUGAAGAAGAAGAAGAAGACGAGGACGACGAAGAGGCCACCAUCACCCCCCCACCAGCCUACACCGAAUUCCUGAACACCUUCAGUCCAAUCUUCUCCAGUCCUUCGACCUCCCGGGCGAACUUCUACAAGUACAUGCGUGACAAGCCCCGUCCUUCUCCCACCUCUCCACCAGCCAGCACCACAUCCACCACCUUUCCCAGCAGGAUUCCUCCCAAAAACGCCGUGCACCACCACCAAGCACCACCAGCUUCAUGGGCCACUAAAAGCCCCGUCCAUACCCAGCGCAUGCGCCUCCCUCCACCAUACAUCUGCACCCCGGUAUCCGCGUCCCCAUAUACUCCAUCCGAGUGGAGACAGCAGCGUCCCUUCGACUCGCCCGUCAGCGAGACGGGAAACUCCUUUAGCGUACGCCACGUGGUGACCACCACGAUCACAUAUAAACGGACGCCUCAGCUGGACCCGCCUCCGCAGGGCAAGCGGAGAAGGAACCUCAGCCGCCGGAACACAUAGGCGACCGAUCGACUUCCUACUCCCUUCCUCCCUCCCGCCCUCCCUCUUUCAAUUAUCGUCUGACAAUGAUCCUGGCGAAUCGUCUCGUUU